GAAGUUAUCGAACUCCCAUGCAAUUACGCAAGUAUCAAGUGUUUACAGUACUCGAUGUUGCCCAACUGCUCCUCCCUCCACUUCACCGAACUCACAUGACUGAUAAAGCUACUCGCGUUAUACAUAAUCACUUACAUAUAUUCUUUAGCAUGCAAAUCGCAUUUAUUCAUGUAACAUGACUCUAAAAUUUUAAUUUAUAUCCCAAAGACAUUGAAACAUUUUCAUUUCGCUUCAGUCCGUUGAGUAGUCAAAUAGGGAACAUAGGCAAGUUGGCAAAUUAUCAUACUAUAGGGUGAUUGAAUUUGGUGAGUCUGAUAUAAAUUAAUCAUCUGCUGUUUGUUUCAGAAGUAGAUUUUUAUUGCUUUGUAAAAUGAUUUCAAACUUUGCUAUCAGGAUUAAUCGCUGGAAUGGGGGCAAAGGAAAGGAAGGAGAGCACCCUGAUUGGGUUGAAGUAUCCGAGCUUUCGCGAUAAAGCUUGGAAAACUGGUGCAAGCUGGCUGGACGGUAAGAGGAAGGACGACGGAAUCGAAGGACUGUGGCGGGUCGGUGACAAGCUCUACGACCUGGCUCAAUGGGUUGGGAAUCAUCCUGGUGGCGCCGAGUGGCUGACCCUCUCUAAGGGAACCGAUAUCACGGAAGCGUUUGAGGCCCACCACAUUACUUCGUUUGCCGAACAACUCCUGCCAAAGUUUUACGUCCGGGACGCUACCACUCCCAGAUCCAGUCCGUUGACCUUCAAACCAGACGGCUUCUAUAGAGUGUUUAAAAGCCGCGCCAGAGAAGCUCUGAAGGGUGUCGACUUCCACAAGCCAGCGAAGUUGUCCAAUUUCAUAAUUGACUCCCUUUGCGCUGGGACGUUAGCUCUUUGCGUAACGGCCUCAGCCACGCAAUCAUGGGCUGCGAUUAUCGCCGCUGCGAUUUUCCUUACGUUGACCUUGAUAGCGGGGCACAACUACAUACACCUGAGAGAUUCGUUUCGCAUGGCCUACAUGGAUCUGAGUUUUCUUUCCUCGAAGGAAUGGCGAAUAACCCAUUGUCUGAGCCAUCAUCUUUACGCCAACACAAUUUUGGACUUCGAACUCUCGGCAUUCGAGCCCUUAUUCGAUUACGUACCUCACGAAAAGGGGUUCAUCACUCGUCGUUUGUCCUGGCUUUAUAGCCCCUUAGUUUACGCCAUAGUCUAUUUCGUGAGCGGAGUCAAAAGAAUCUACAGUCUGGCUUUUGAGUGGUGCACCUUAGAUUACAGGGAUUUAACACCGUUUCUGAUCCCAGCCCUGAUGUGUUCAGUGGCACCGCCGAGUCUCGCGCUGGUUACUUGGAUGAAGGUUAUCGUUAUAUCCAGUUUUCAUUUCGGCUUGAUCGGUGUAAACGCUGCUCACCAUCACCCUGACAUCUAUCACGAUGGAGAUGUCCAUCGCGAGGAUUUAGACUGGGGCCUGGCUCAAAUAGACGCAGUCCGGGAUGGCGUCGAAAUCCAGUCUUCCCCUUUUCUCGUAUUGACCCACCUCGGAUGGCACACCCUCCACCACCUUCUACCAACCGUCGAUCAUUCUUACUUACACCUCUGCGAACCUGCCUUCGAGCAAACCUGCAAAGAGUUUGGCGUUAAUACCGAUAUAUGGACUCAGUGGAAACUCUUCAAGGGCCAAUUCAUGCAGCUACAAAACACCGAGCCGAAGAAGACGCCCAAUACUAGAUAAUUAUCUAUGUUUCAUCAUAUUAUACCUUGAUAUAUGCUUAAGAGAAUAAAAUCGAAACGACGCAUGACAUGUAAA